ACAGAAAAGUUAUGAAGGUUACCAGGUACUCCGUAUGGAGUCAGUCAGCCAAGAACAAGCAAAGGCUUUGGCAACACUAAUGGAUGAUCCCAAGCUUGAUUUCUGGGAUUUCCCACGUGACUUGAUGGUACCACCUUCCGAAAUGAAAAGGGUGACGAGUUUUCUCAAUGUCCAACGAUUGAAGUACAGUGUCUGGAUGGAAGACGUUCAAGAGAAAAUUGACGGCGUUUUCAGUGACAUUCCUAGAACUGAAGAGUUUGAUUACUUCGUUUAUCACACUUAUGACGAGAUUAUUGCUUGGAUUGGCGAUACUGUCGCAACUAACAGUGACAUAACGAGUUCUGAAUCUAUUGGAACGAGUUAUGAGGGUAGGGAUCUUCCUGUACUGAAGUUGGGUAUAGACACUGGAAAAGUCAAGAAGGUCAUCUGGUUUAAUGGUGCAAUACACGCUCGUGAGUGGAUUUCUCCGGCAACUGUCAUGGCGAUUACUAAUCAACUGAUUGUAGACUACCGUGCAGGAGACCCUGACAUCACAUUUUUAUUGGAAACUUACGACUUUCACAUUUUAAUAAUGUUCAAUCCCGAUGGCUAUGACUACACGUGGACGAAUGAUCGUAUGUGGCGUAAGACUAGAUCUCCAAAUGACGGCAGCCCUUGCGACGGAACUGACCCUAACAGAAAUUUCGACUAUGAAUGGGGAGGACUCGGCGCCUCCACUCUUCCAUGCGGUUCAACAUAUCGUGGGUCACAUGCUCUAUCUGAAAUUGAAGUCGUAAAUGUUGAGGGCUACCUCACUACCUUGUCUGCCACUCAGGAGCUAUUCAUGUACAUCGACUGGCAUAGUUACUCUGAACUGAUGCUCUCUGCGUGGGGAUAUACAGAUCAAUAUCCAGUCGAUUAUGCUGAUAUGGAUGCACACAUGCAAGUGCAUACUCAAGCUAUGGGUGCGGUACACGGACACUAUUAUGAAUACGGAGCAAGUGGAGUAACAUUGUAUCCAACAUCAGGCACGACUGUAGACUGGGCUUAUGGCGACCGCGGCAUCAUCUAUGCGUACACAAUCGAACUCCGUGAUACGGGUGAAUACGGAUUCCUGCUUCCUGAAGACCAGAUACAACCAACUGCAGAAGAGAAUUAUGCCGGACUCAUCGCCGGCCUGUUGUUCAUCACACCCUGAACCAUAAUAAUAUCUUGAUAUAAGACUACAAAUACAAUGACAAAGUAAAUAUUUGAGAUCACUAGAAUA